UUCUCCGGGGCGGGGGACAGGUGGGGGGGGAGGGGAAUUGGCGUCGCUCCGGACCACCAGGUGGCGGAGAACCGGAGCGGAGUGGAGGGACAGGGCGGGCUCGGCUGCUAGGAGCAGUUUGGAGAGCAGCCGCGAGGUGUCACUAUUGCCUCAGAAAUGCUGCGCCUCCGAACGUGAGGCAGGAGCUAGCCAGCCUCCUCCGCCUGACUCCCUGAAGGAAGCUGCUGGGACUGAGGAGGGGAAGGAAGGGCCGAAAUCGCCUCGUGUCCGGCCGUUCCCUACAGGAGCAGAAUCUCCCUUUUACGGAAGCGUAUCAGCGAGCGGCGGCGGCGUUUUCCUAGCUAUGGCGGCCGACGUGACUGCUCGAGCGGCGGCGGUAGCGGAGGCUCUGGCUUCAGCCGCCGCCACGUUAGAGGCCCCCAGCGUUCAGGAGGAUGUCUCAUCUGCUCUGCUGGCAGAGUUCUUGAAGGACUCGAGGAAGAAGGAGAAGCUGCUGUGGGGCCAGCUGCAGGUGGUGGAUGCCCUCCAGAGCUUCCUGGAGCACAUGGACGAGGCUGUGAACCCCGAAGAGGAGAUCCGGGCAGAAGUCAGCGCAGCCCAUAGGCUGUGGAAAGACCUGAAGGCCGAGUACCUAAAGCAGACAGAAGCCGUGGAGGCCGCCCUGCUGCAGGCCCUGGUACAACUGGAGGCUGGCCAGAGGAAGCAGCUUUUAUUGAGAAGCACUCUGCAGCAGAUCCAGACCAAAGGGCGGGCCUUGGAGGAGUGGAGGAGCAGGGCUCAAACCUGGCGAAGGCAGGAGCAGGAAAAGCGCAGGCAAGAGUUAACCGCUAGAGCCCAGGCCCAGAGAGAACGCCUGGAGAAUGGUGGCCAACAGCAGGAGCAGGUGCUGAUGCUCCAGGGUCAAGAGACACAGAGUGCCCAGAGGCUUGGUGCCUUCCUAGGACUAAUGGAGAUGCUGCAUGGUGCUGGGGGAGGUGCAGAAAACUGAGAUCAAGCCCUCCUGUCAGAGACCUCCCCCAAUCCUCAGUAAAGGCCACAGCUCUUCUCUUCGCUCUUCCCCCUUCCCCCUACUGUGAAUGAAGGCUGCAGAGACCCCAGAUCUGUCUGACUGUACCUUAAACAAAGAAGGCAAAUCCCAGUUCUGCCCUAGGGCCCUCCCCCUGGCUUCAAGCCUUCUUGUCCCAGACAAACUCCUUCCACUUUUUCUGCUGUCCCUUCCUCCUCCAGGAAGUCUACUUUGUUUACUCACAGCCCCAGCCCUUGGGCCACACUUUGGGAAGCCCACCUUCUGGACCCCAGACUUCUUCCUCCAAGCAGCCCUUCUCUAGCUACUUGGUAGUGCCACCCUCCUCGCUGGCAGCCACCAGGGUGGAGGUUGCCUUGAAGCUGCGUUUCCGCUUUUGAACAUUCUGCUCAGGAUGGAAGAUGAUGAUGUACACCUUGGGCACAUAGAGCAUCCCCAGGGAGACAGAGGCACUGAGACUCAUCGACACAGUCAGUGUUGUAGUCUGGAUGUAGAUCUGCUCCAAAGGAAAGGGGCGCUGGCUUGGUCUGAACCAGCCGAUCCAACCUCCUCCCCUACCCCAUACCCUGGCUGACUGUCAUCCAGGCUGGGGAGACUUCAGCCCGGUCUGGAAGGAAGGAUGGAUGGCAGGAUGAUGGGCAGACAUUUUGGGGAUUGGAAAGGCUGGCCAGCUUAAAGGGCCAGAGGCAGGAAAUGGUCAGGGUAGGGGGUGGGGUGUUAGGAAGAGGGUGAGUGAAUAAAAAAAUCCACACAUGAA